AUGCGGGGCUCUUUUUUUUCGCGGCUUCUGCCGCAACUAUCUCUACUGCUGCUGUUAUCGUUGAGGCGCAUCUGGACACAGGAGUACGUUGGAACUGCCCCUUCCAGAUCCCCGAUGGCCCCCGAGUGCCCCGAGGCAUGUUCAUGUUCACUAGGUGGCAAGGCCAAUUGCUCCGCACUCGAGCUGCCCACGGUACCAGCGGGCCUGAGCUGGAGAGUAAGCACACUGCUUCUGGAUCACAAUCGCGUAAGCGCGCUGCCUCCAGGUGCCUUCGCUGGGGCGGGCGCGCUGCUCUACCUAGACCUGCGGGAGAACAGGCUCCGGUCAGUGCACGCUCGAGCUUUCUGGGGUCUGGGCGUGUUGCAAUUUCUAGACCUGAGCGCCAACCAGUUGGAAACUCUGUCUCCUGGCACCUUCGUGCCGCUCCGCGCGUUGCGUUUUCUUUCCCUAGCGGGUAAUCGGUUGGCAUUCCUGGAGCCUUCGAUCCUGGGCGCGCUCCCAUUACUGCGCGUGCUCAGCCUGCAGGACAAUUCACUGUCUGCGCUCGAGGCGGGUUUGCUGAAUAGCCUGCCCACGCUCGACGUGUUGCGCUUGCGUGGCAAUCCCUGGUCAUGCAGCUGCGCGCUGCGUCCGCUUUGCACCUGGCUGCGCAAGCACCCGCGUCCCGCUUCAGAAACUGAGACCCUGUUCUGCUUGUCUCCAAGACGCCAGACGCUCAGCCUACUGACAGCCUUUCCGGACACGGCCUUCAGACACUGCGCUCAGACACUCGCGGCGCGAGACCUGGUGGUGGUAUACGCUCUCGGGCCGGUCUCUUUCCUCGCCAGUCUGGCUAUCUGCCUGGCAUUGGGCUCCGUACUCACUGCCUGUGGUGCACGGCGGCGCCGCGGCCGCACCACGGUACGCCCCUUACUAAGAAGACCGCUGGACCCCGAGGGUCCAACCUCCCAGGAGGAUGCUGGGAGCCCUGCAGCGGCUGCAACCCAAGCCUAA